AUGAAUGGAAUAAUAAUAUUAGUUGUGCAAAGGUAGAAGGUCCAGGGUGUAAAUUUGGCAAGGACGAGAUAAGGAGAGCAGUGAAAAAGAUGAAGAAAGGGAAGGCAUCGGGUUUAACGAUGGUGGUAUCAGAGAUGUUUAAAGGUUCUGAUGAUUUAGGGAUUGAAUGGUUAAUGAAUUUAGCAAAUCAGAUUGUCACAGAAGGUACUAUUCCCGAGGACUGGCGAAGAAGUAUAAUUAUCCCAGUAUACAAGGGGAAAGGUGAUCCUUUAGAUUGUGGGUCUUACAGAGCUAUUAAACUCUUGGAACAUGCAAUGAAAGUUUUUGAGAGAGUGUUAGAAAAGCGGAUAAGGGAACAAAUCAAAAUUGAUGAAAUGCAGUUUGGUUUUACAUCGGGAAAAGGCACGACAGAUGCAAUUUUUGUGGUGAGACAAAUUCAGGAGAAGUAUCUUGCGAAGGAAAAGAAACUCUAUUAUGCGUUUGUGAUUUGGAGAGCAUUUGAUAGGGUGCCGCGUGAGAUUACAAGAUGGGCCUUGAGAAAAUCCGGUGUGGAGGAAUGGUUAGUUACCGCAGUGAUGGCAAUGUAUGUUGGAGCACAAACAGCAGUACGGACGGAUCAUGAUGAUAGUGACAGCUUUGAGGUGAAGGUAGGACUUCAUCAAGGAUCCGUGCUGAGUCCAUUAUUAUUUAUCUUAGUAAUGGAUGUGGUGGCUAGAGAAAUGCGUGAAGGACUUCCCUGGGAGAUAUUAUAUGCAGAUGACCUUGUAUUAAUGGCAAACAGUGAGGGAGAAUUGAGGGAUAAAGUUAGUAAAUGGAAGAUGACUAUGGAAGCAAAGGGCCUGAAAAUGAAUGCAUCAAAAACAAAGGUGAUGAUUGGUGGGGAAAAUCUAAAGAUAGAAGAAUCAGGUAAGUGGCCUUGUGGUGUAUGUGGGAAAGGAGUUGCUAGAAAUUCUAUCCAAUGCACCAGAUGCCAGAAAUGGGUACAUAAAAGAUGUAGUGGGAAAAAAGGCAGUUUGAUGUUAGAAAGAAUGACCUUUAUUUGUAAAACAUGCAUGAAAGGGAUACAUAAUAAUGAUAACCUAAAAAAUGGUGGUCUGGAUAUUGGCAAUGGGUUAACCCUAGAAAAAGUGGAUAAGUUUUGUUAUUUAGGUGAUAUGCUAAACGCAGAUGGUGGUGUAGAUUCUGCUGUUGUUGCAAGGAUCAGACAAGCUUGGAAGAAGUUCAGAGAGAUGUCAUCUAUUCUUACAAAUAAAAAAGUUUCUCUGAAGUUAAAGGGGAAAGUUUACGUAAGCUGCGUGAGGAGUUGUUUAGUUUAUGGCGGUGAAACAUGGGCAAUGAAAGCAAUUCACGAAGCCAAAUUAGAAAGAACAGAGAUGAGGAUGGUUAGAUGGAUGUGUGGGGUAUCUCUGAGAGAGAGAAAAACUAGCAAGGAAUUGCGAGCAAGAUUAGGUAUAGAAAUGAUUGGUAUGGUAAUGCGACGAAAUAGACUAAGAUGGUUUGGGCAUGUGGAACGUAUGACAAGAGAUGACUGGGUAAAGAGAUGCACAAUGAUGGAAGUAGGAGGAUCAAGACCUAGAGGAAGACCCAAGAUGACGUGGACAAAUGUGAUAGCGGCGGAUAUGAGAAGCUUGAAUCUUACAAGUAUUGAUGCUCAGGACCGUCAAAAAUGGAAAAGAAAAAUCAGAGGGAAAACUGGCCUACCCGGGUAAACCUGGAAAUCGCCAUAAAACGGAGAA